UGCGACCUGACCCCCUGGGCUCUCAGAGACGAGACGCACGUCAACGUGAAUGGGGCCAAAGAGUCUACACUGGGGCUGCUAAUAAUACAGCAAACCUGGAUUUACUCACAGAUAUUUAAGACACACACUCUCAGCAUGUUGAAGAUAUAUCCUGCAUCUGAAAGAGACGCAAACCUGUCGCUGUGACGUCGACCUUUACCUACGGAAAGCCGUUAGCUCUGUUAGCUAACGCACAUUAGCUGUGUUAGCUAGGUUUCUCUUCACGCAGCUGACCUCCACCACAACACACACGGACUGAGGAUCCUUUACAAGCUAGGCUGGGGUCGUCCCCCCUCUGUUUCUCUGUCCACAACCAUUGUCCCUGUGUGGGUGCCCCGUGGACGGUUCUCGAAUAUGAUCCAUCAUGAGUCAAAGAGAUACCUUAGUUCAUCUGUUUGCUGGAGGAUGUGGGGGCACAGUAGGAGCCAUAUUGACGUGUCCACUGGAAGUCGUGAAGACCCGUCUGCAGUCGUCCUCCAUCACCCUCUAUGUAUCUGAGGUUCAACUCAGUACUGUCAAUGGGACGAGUGUGGCCCGAAUGUCUCCACCCGGCCCCCUGCACUGCCUCAAGUUGAUCUUGGAGAAAGAAGGACCUCGUUCUCUCUUCAGGGGCUUGGGGCCGAACUUGGUGGGCGUGGCACCUUCCAGAGCAAUCUACUUUGCUGCGUACUCCACGGCCAAAGAGAGACUGAACGGUGUGUUUGAACCUGAUUCCACACAGGUACACAUGUUGUCGGCUGGAAUGGCAGGUUUUACAGCCAUCACAGCAACAAAUCCAAUAUGGCUGAUAAAGACCCGUCUACAGCUGGAUGCAAGGAACCGAGGCGAGCGAAGGCUGAGUGCGUUUGAUUGUGUGAAGCGUGUGUAUCAGGCGGACGGCCUGAGAGGCUUCUAUAGGGGUAUGUCUGCGUCCUACGCUGGUAUCUCAGAGACUGUGAUCCACUUUGUGAUCUAUGAAAACAUCAAACGGCGCCUCUUGGAGGCCAAGGCACCGCAGAACAUGGACGAGGAGGAGGACACGUCCCGAGACCCUUCAGACUUUGUGGGGAUGAUGCUCGCUGCUGCCACCUCCAAGACCUGCGCCACAUCCAUCGCUUAUCCCCAUGAAGUGAUUCGCACCAGGCUACGUGAGGAGGGCACCAAGUAUAACUCCUUCUUCCAGACUCUAAGAACAGUGCCCAAAGAGGAGGGCUACCGCGCCCUGUACCGCGGCCUCACCACCCACCUGGUACGACAGAUCCCCAACACCGCCAUCAUGAUGUGCACCUACGAGCUGGUGGUCUACCUCCUGAACGGUUUAAACCGCCCUCGCCUGGCCCUGCUGACUCUUUAUGUUACCCUGCCCUUGUUCGGACACCGAAAGAGAAGAAUGAGAGCGCACCAGCCAGCACCGCAACCUGCUCACUUGAGGAAGGCAGAGACUGCACGAUGACCUUUUCUCAAGACUAGAGUGGUUGUUAAAGAUGAGUUGGCUGUUUUGUUAUUAACCAAAGGGUCCUGCACAGAGAGGAGGAUUGAAAAGUUCCUGACUUUGGUUUGGGGAUCAGGAGUGGCCCAGAAAUGGUUGCCCUAUUUUCAAUUUAAUUCCAUCCUUUUCUCCCUCGGGUUACUCGUGUGUCUGCUUCUGAUCGCUCAGAUUUAGAGUGCUGAAGACAGAACCUAAAACACAGUAUACUCUGCGUCUAACAAUACUAAUAAUUAAACAGAAAUACGAUGAUUCCAAUCCCCACUACCAAGUGGAUAGAAGUACCCCUCCCAGCUUUCAGCUUUGCUGUCAGGCUGAAGAUCAGUUUUGAGAAUCUUUUAAUAGUAUCGUGCAGUAUCCCCUGCAUCACUCUCCAGGACCAGAAUGCAAAUAAGCCCGAGUUAGCAACACGCUGAAGUAUCUUAUGAGGGCUCUGAAGUCAGCGAGAAGGAAUCAGUGCUUGAGGCUUGUUCAGCGAGAAGGAGUGAAGGAAAGGGUGGAGACAGAGAGGAAUGUGCCUUGUGUGAAAAUGUGAUGCAGACUAAAGGCUGAUUUAUACUUCUUCGUCGCCCCUACACAGCAGGGGCUGACGCAGACAUGAGCACCGCGUACUUGUGCGUCGAUGUGUCCGUGUCAUGCAGCAAUUUUCCACCAAAACACUUGAGGGCAGUGCGGUCUCUCUGCUUCCGGCCCCGCUACAAUCUCUGUUUACUUUUCCACAGUGACCUCAGAGCGUGUUAUGUUAAUCUACAGCUGAUACAUGUUGCUGUUUAUCAUACAGACAUGAUUACAUGAAGAAUAGAGAGGAGGAGAUGAAAUACAGGGGCCGAUGUCCGGGAUCCCAGAAGUGCUGUAAAUGCGGUAAACACGAUGCUGCCAAUCACAGGGCUUGCGGUCCGCGUCGAUUCUAUGGGUCGUUUAAUUUUGGAGGAGGUGCACGCUAAGCGGGUCCCCAGCGUAGAAUACACCGUCGAUUCGACACAGAAGUAUAAAUCAGCCUUAAGAUGCACAGUGGCUGCAUGAGGAAGAGGAGCUCAGUUUGACCCGUCACAACGAUGGGUGUGGAUACAAAGAGUCAUGCACUGUAACUGCGUGAGUACCGGUGCCCUCAGUCAACCUUUAACAUAUCGGGAGCAUAAACACAAUCACUGUAACAUUUUCAGCUCCCCCAGGUGGAGUCAGGAAGUCCACAUAAUGCAGGAGUGUUCAUGCAUUAACACUAAAUCUACCAGAGUGAUAUCUGCUAACUUAUUCUCAAUAACAAAUAUCAACCUGAACCCGUUUGUGAAAACUAAACCAGAGUAUAACCCACGAUCUCUAACUACUGGAAUGUAUAUAAAGAAUAGAAGCCUCUGUAUAACACUGACCUAUGUUGUGAAUUGAGAGUAAACAUGAUUAACAAAUUUUAACAGAUAGUUAUAUUAUAAAUAGAUAUCUUUAAAAAAAACUACAAAACGUGAUUGUGCUGCAUUUGUCUGCCCUGUAACAGCAAAUGCAAACAUGUCGUGCGUCCUCUCAAAGGAGAGGAGAUUUGCCUUUUCGUUGUAACUUUCUCAAACAAAGCUGUCGUUCUUAAAGCACUUUUCAAUGUCUCUCUCUCUCUCUUUCUCUCUCUGUCUCUGAAAUGUUCAUCUCGUUCUCUUCCCUCAGUUUGAGAAUCCAGGCCUAGUUUUACGGCGAGGACAAUCCUCUUGAGUUUACUCUGGAAACUUGAGCUCGAGUUCAGCCAGUGUGUGAAGGAAGUUGUCAGAAAUAUGCUCUUCAUCGACGCAUGAUAAUAAAAUGCGACGGUAAUAAAAGAAACACAAAAGUAAUUAUUUUGCUGAUUACCUCUCCUUGUUGUCUGAGAAACAAAAUAACUGCAUUUUCAACCAGUUUAAAAAUGAACCAUCUGUGUUUCUGUACUCUUGGAUGUCUUUUGUCUCAGUAUUGAAGGUUUGUGCGCUCUGCUUUGAAUUGUUUUCUCUUGUUUUCAGUAUCUGUCAUUUUUUCUAACAAUAUAAAGACAAAAACAGUGUUUUGCUCUCACCUCAUUGAUCUUAGGAACCAUAGAGGUAACGCCUCCUCUGUAAUUGCACAUCACAAAAAGUAGCCUGACGAUAAUUGUGUGCAAUUUCACCGCAAACUGCAAACCUGAAAGGCAUCGCUUCGCCCCACGUCGCUGACACACAUGAUCAUGUCGCAGCAAGAGCUGUUGCCUUAUUGCAAAGUAUUUGCAGAGUGCAACGGCGUUGCUGUAUUCAGCAUCCGUGAUGAGACGCAGUUUGGGAUGUAAGAUUACAGCUGAACUUUGCUUGCAUUCAUCACCAGGUGCUGUUGAACUUGACAUCGCAGAAGUGAGUGUGUCAUCCCUGAGCAGCAGCCUCAGGUGCUUCUUCUUCGCUCGAUUAUUGAAGUGAUCCUCAAUGUGAACACCCUCCGUUUUACAACUGCUUCAAGGAUGCAGUAGAUUAGUUUAAAUCUGCUCACACAUCAACGCCACAAUACUUAUGUAACAGUAACGGGACUUUCUGUUAUUUUGCUUGUUUCACUUCCUUGAUUUUUCAAACAGGACGGACGUCUAUGCAUGUAGUGUGGGUUGAUAGUAGAAGGUCAUUUCACCCAUUUAAAGAACAACACAUAUGUUCUUCAUUAAGGUAAAAUCACCUUUAACUCUAUGGGUUAUGCAUCUCUCACGUCUAUCAUACGAUGCCUCUCUCUCUGCAUCCUGUGAUUCUCUUGCACCAAACAUGUUUGCAUUGUGUGCCAGUAUGUGUUGUGUUCAUGUUUAGAAGUUUGCCUAAAUGACAGUCGUCACUCGUCGGUUGUGUCCUGCGUGAAAGAGUCCAUAAGAGUACGUGUGCACUCGAUGUAGAGGAUAGCUGCAAACAGUAUUGUUAUUAAUCUUUUAAAUGAAUUGUUGCCUUUUCCUGAAACCCUGUGUCUUUUGUUAUUUUUUCCCCAUGUUGUCAUUGAUGAGCCCGCUGUGAGUGGGGCUCGUCUAUGCAUUCUCUCAUACCUGUUUUGUAAAACAAAAAGCCAAUAAAAUGGAAAGAGUGCAAGA